AUGAAAAUCUUCCAUUCUCAUCGGUUUCCUGAUCAACCACUCAGGUUCGUGAAUGAGUCAUACAUUUCAGAAGUCAUGCAAACAUCUCAUCUGACUCGAUUAGCUUCGAUACAACAUUUCAAUUUGAUAAAACGGUCAUUAACAAGACCAACUGGACCCGUUCUACGUAAACUAAUCGCAUCAGAUGCUUCGCCAACAACAAAUUAUGUUCGUACAACUUGUGAAUUCCGAUUCGCGUCGACAACAACGUCAUCAUCUAAUGAUGGACAAAAUUCUCACGAUGAAGAACAAAAGAAGAAGAACAUCACGAACUUAAUGUACUUAGCUGGUGCUGUGACAGGUCUCGGUGCAAUUUACACCAUCUUUCAAAAUCGAAAAAGUUCGAAAGAGAAGCAAGAUGCAGUUAGUGCUUACGAUACCAAACAAUUGAAAUCUCAACAUGCAGAUGAUAAACUUGAUGCAUCCAAGAAGACAUUGGUGGAAAAAGUCGGGGAUUUACAGGAUCGAAAACUACUCGCUGAAGAAGAACAACCCGUAGAAUUGAGCAAAACAGAUUUAACACCAGUUAUACCCAGUUUUGCACAAUAUUUGAUCAUCGGCGGUGGAACCGCAGCGUUGAGCGCAUUCAAAUCAAUUCGUGCUCAUGAUGCAACAGCUAAAGUUCUUGUGAUUAGUUCGGAGAAAUACUAUCCAUACAUGCGUCCUCCAUUAUCGAAGGAUGUUUGGUAUACAGAUGAUGAUAAUCUUUUAAAUCAAUACAUGUUUAAACAAUGGAAUGGGCAAGAGAAAAGUUUAUUCGUUUUUGAUAAUGAGUUUUACGCUGAUGUGAAGACAUUAAAUGACGAAGAAAAUGGUGGCGUAGGUGUUGUCCUUGGAAGAAAAGUUGUUAAUUUGGAUCUGAAAACUUCCGUCGCUAAGUUAGAUAAUGGUUGGGAAAUAUCGUUCGAAAAAUGCUUAAUUGCAACAGGUGGUCAACCGAAAAGUUUGAAAGUGUUUCAAACAGCAUCGAAUCGUUUGAAAUCGAAGUUAACUUUAUACAGAGGAAUUGACGAUUUUUUUGCGCUGAAAAAAGUCGUUGACAGUGGUGCUGAUGUGACUAUUAUUGGUGGCGGCUUUCUUGGCAGUGAAUUAGCAUGUUCUCUAGCACAUCGUGCUACGGAGAACGGUAAAAGGGGUAAUCCAAAUGGAAAAAUUACUCAAUUGAUGCCAGAAGCUGGUAAUAUCAGUAAAGUGUUGCCGGAAUAUUUGAGUAAAUGGGCGACGGAACGCGUCCGAGACGAAGGGGCAGACGUUUUAACCAAUGUUGAAUUGGUUGGUGCAUCAGUAGUACAAGACGGCAAAGUGAGUCUAUCCUACAUCGAUCCCCAAAACCCCAAGAAAACCAGUUAUAUCACGUCCGAUCAUGUGGUUGUUGCUGUUGGUAUCGAGCCGAACACUGACUUAGCUAAAUCAGCUGGCUUAGAAGUUGAUCCCGACCAAGGUGGCUUUCUUGUCAACGCAGAAUUACAAGCACGUCACAAUGUUUGGGUAGCUGGUGAUGCCGCAUCGUUCUACGACAUCAACUUAGGUCGACGCCGUGUCGAACAUUAUGAUCACGCUAUUGUUAGCGGCAAAUUAGCCGGAGAAAACAUGACAGGUGCACAUAAACCAUACUGGCAUCAAUCGACGUUUUGGUCCGACUUGGGACCAAAAGUUGGCUUUGAAGCAAUCGGUCUAACAGAUUCUCAGCUGCAAACUGUAGCUGUUUAUGCUAAAGGAAAACCUACUGAUGAAGAACAAAAGCGCGAUAGUGAAGGCAAUCGUGAACAACAAGACGUUGCUCCCGAAGCGACAGCAAACGAUUUGAAACAUAAACUACCUGAAAGCAAAGGAAAUUUGGAUAAAGAUGAUUAUAGUAAAGGUGUUGUGUUCUAUUUAAAAGAGAAUAAAGUCGUGGGAAUUGUCCUCUGGAAUGUAUUCAAUCGUAUCGCAAUUGCACGAAAGAUUAUCAAAGAUCAACAAGAGAUAACAAAUUUUCAAGAACUAGCCAAACUUUUUAAUAUUCAUCAAGAUUAG